CAGCCAGGUUUUAGGCUCGCAGCUUGUACGGCCGGUUGAAGACUCCGGCGGGGGUGUGACGUAUCGCAAACCCCAAGUUGCCGCCUCGCUAUCGACCGGUGCAUUCUACCGGGCAAGUUGCAGGCACUUUUGCAAAGCAAGGGAGGGCGACUUCUCCUUCCUCUUUCCUGCUGCAGCAGACAGGCGUCUGGGGCCGCAGCUUGCAUCGCACGUCAAGGCCCAAGGGAGAGGAACAGACGAGCGACCAUGGCCAAGAUCAAGCCCCAUGAGUUGAGGUCCAAGUCCAAGACGGACCUGCUCAACCAGCUCAAGGAGCUGAAGACGGAGUUGGCUGCCCUCAGGGUCGCCAGGGUCACUGGAGGAGCCCCCAACAAGCUGUCCAAGAUCAAGCUGGUGCGGUUGUCAAUCGCCCAGGUGAACACGGUGAUCAGCCAGACGCAGAAGAAGGAGCUGCGCUCUGCGUUCAAGGGCAAGAAGUACCUCCCCCUCGACCUCAGGACCAAGAAGACGCGCGCCAUCCGGAAACGCCUCACCAGGCACGAGGCCUCCCUGAAGACUGCCAAGGAACAAAAGAGGGCCGCUUAUUUCCCCCAGAGAAAGUACGCUGUCAAGGCUUGAAGUCGUAAAACAUUGUUUUCCGCUCGAUCACCUCCUCUGUCGGCUCCCUGGUCGCUCCUGCAUGCAUGCUGUGCUCUUCCAUGUUGUCCUGGCGUUCUUUGAUGAUCAGCCAUCGUUGUAUGGCCGGGGCUCUGGGUCCU